AUGGUUGUUGCAGAGUUCACUUUAUCCAAUUUGACUGUAUCACAUGCUGUUUCGGAAUCAACUACUGUCAGCGAGAUGAUUAGUGUGGUGAAACAAUACUGGCCUUAUGUCCCUGAAGACCUCGUACUUUUUUGUUACACUGUAGAUGGAAUUUCACAUGUGAUUAAUCACGAUUUGGAGUUGAGGUUUUUCAUUGACUACUGCAUCUCGAAAGGGAUUGGUGUGUUGAAGUUUAACAUCCAAUUUAAGAUUUGUGUUGAUUCUGUUCCUUCUUCUUCUUCUUAUUCUGUUGCUCCUUCUUUGUCAUCAUCAAGUUGUGUUUCAAACAACGAUGUGGCUAUUGUAGAAGAUUUGACGGAUGAUUCAUCUUUGGUCAAAAGGGUUCCCAAGAAGUCUGAUGCUUGGGCCAACAUCUUAACCGGAGUAGGGCAGGUUUUUGAAAGUAAAAACGAUUAUCGUGAUACUGUUAAGAAGUAUGAAUUUCAUAGUGGUUACAAACUUGACGUACGUAAGAGUGACAAGAAACGUUACACUGUGGAGUGUAAGAACAAGGAAAGUCAAAAUUGUAGUUGGAGGUUUCAUGCAUCUGUCGUUGCAAAAACUAAAGGUGUGUUUCAGUGCAAGAAGUUUCGUGGAGAGCAUACAUGUGAUUUAGCUUCUUCUGAUCCAGCAAAAGUCAGGAUGAUGAAGUCUUUUCCGAAGGAUAUCUUAAUGGAUGAAUUUCGAGCAUCAAAGAAGAAGAAGACUGCAGCUGAUGUCCAAGAUCUGCUUCAUCUGGAAUAUGGUAUUGAUCUCAACGUCCCCAACUUUGAGUAUGAUGGUGUAACGAAGCAGUUCCAGAGGUUUUUUGUUGCUUUCGAAGCUUCCAUUACUGGUUUCAAUAAUUACUGUCGUCUGAUGUUAUUUAUUGAUUGUACUUUUCUCACUGGGAAGUUUAAGGGAGGUCUUAUGGUUGCUUGCGGGAAAACUGGUAACCAAGAGAUCUAUCUAGUUGCUUUUGGUAUUGUACCUUGUGAAAGUUGUGAGAGUUGGGAAUGGUUCUUAACCAACUUGAAGGGUAUUAUCAAGGAAGACCGUCCACUGACCAUAAUAUCAGACCGUGGAGCUGGCUUUUUGAAACAUGUCCAUGUGAUUUUCCCAAAGGCUUACCAUUCUUACUGUUUGUACCACAUGAAAGGGAAUAUUCCGGUUCCAAAGGGAAAGAGCAGGCAAACUGAUGUGAAGUUGUUUGAAGAGUGCUACACUUUUUUAACAAAGGAGAAGUUUUAUGCUGCUGCCAAGAGUAUGAGCAAUUUGAAGCUUGAUUCGGUGAUUGAUUGGAUGGUAAAGAUUCCAUUCCAGAACUGGGAAUCUCAUGCUUUUCAAGGAGAAAGGUUUGGUGAGAACACAUUGAAAAUUGCGGAGAGUUUUAACAGUGUGAUUAAGCAUGAUAAGCGGCUUCCAUCACUUGAUCUUGUGGAUUGUAUUCGUGCUAAGGUAGUGGAGCAGAACUACAAGAGGUUGGUGGAGUCUAGUAAGUGGACUUCAAAUCUUACUCCCCGGAUGCAAGCUAGGCUCAACAAGAGGGUGACCGACUGCCUUUUUUGA